CCGUGCUGGGGCUGCCAACGCGGAGGUGACACCAUGGUGCUGUCUGCCAGCGACAAGACCAAUGUGAAGUCCGUCUUCUCCAAGGCCGGCAGCCAGGUCGAUGACUUACUCGGCGAGGCCCUGGAGAGGAUGUUCACCACCUACCCCCAGACCAAGACCUACUUCCCCCACUUCGACCUGCACCACGGCUCUGCUCAGAUCAAGGCGCACGGCAAGAAAGUGGGAGCUGCACUGGUUGAGGCUUGCAACCACAUCGAUGACAUCGCGGGUGCCCUCAGCAAGCUCAGCGACCUCCACGCCCAAAAGCUCCGCGUGGACCCUGUCAACUUCAAACUGCUGGGCCAAUGCUUCCUGGUGGUGGUGGCCAUCCACUUCCCCUCUGUCCUGACCCCGGAGGUCCAUGCUUCACUGGACAAGUUCCUGUGCGCUGUGUCUGCUGUGCUGACUGCCAAGUACCGUUAAGACGGCACCAUGGCUAGAGCUGGACCCAACCCACUGCCAGCCCUCUGACAGCGAGCAGCCAAAUGAUCUGAAAUAAAAUCUGUUGCAUUUGUGCUCCA